AAAGGCGCAGGCAUGUAAAAACUGCCCGCAGGGCCGAUUCCCAGCCCAGGAUUCUGGGGGCAGGGGCAGAGAGAGGAAGGGAAGCGCCGUGCCCAACAACUGCAAGAGGGUGAGCGAGAGGGGGCCAGCCAUUCCUCUCUUCUCUACCACCUACUCCCCUCUCUCUCCUCCCCUUCUCUCUAGGAUCGCCAGCCAGCCAGCCAGCGCCAGCCAAUCGCGCACCCACAGCGCGCGCGCCUCCCCCCGAGAAAGAAGAAGAAGAAGCAGAAGAAGCAGAGGAACAGAGAGGGAGGGAGCAAUCACUGGUCGAAAAGUGAACAAGUGUUCUUGGCCUCCGGUCCUCUCCGCCCGCCAUGUCCAUUGAUGAAGGCUAUGGCCCUACCUGGGACAGCGACGACGAGUACGACAACUUCAUACGCAAGAUGAACCCGCCAAGGUCUUGUUUCUUAAUCCCGGUCUGUGUGUCUCGUUAACUGCAGUAUCAUCAUCGACAACGAUUCGUUGGUGGACGCGACGAUUGUCAAGGUUGGUAGUGCAAACGAGUAUGGGAUUCUGCUGGAAGUGAUCCAAGUCCUCAUGGAUCUCAAUCUUGUGAUAAGCAAGGCAUACAUAACCUCAGAUGGGGGGUGGUUCAUGGAUGUUUUCAAUGUGACUGAUAAGGAAGGGAUGAAAUUGAAAGACAAGGCUGCUAUUGCGGAGAUUGAGGGCUACAUCCGGAAGUCCUUGGGCGCAGAUUCAAGAUACAUGCCUGCUAAACGGAGAUCGGUGGGUGUCGCCGCUUCAACGGACCACAAUGUCAUUGAGCUGACAGGGAGCGACCGUCCAGGCCUGCUCUCUGAAGUCAGCGCGGUGCUGGCAAGCCUCAAAUGCAAUGUGGUCAGUGCUGAGAUUUGGACCCAUAACACCAGAGUCGCAGCCGUGAUGCGAGUCACCGAUGAGGACACCAUGCUAGCCGUCACCGACACCGUGAGGCUUGAAAUGAUCAAGGAGCGACUGUCCUACCUUCUCCGAGGAAACAAUCUCUCGCGAGGAGCUGCCAUGGCAGAAGCAUCGGGGACUUCUGCCACAAAUACCGAGAGAAGGCUGCACCAGAUGAUGCUUAGUGACGGGGACACUGAAGAGUUUCAUGGGCAUGUCCCAGCUCAACCUCAGAGGCCUAAUGUCACUGUUCGGAAUUGGAAAGACAAGGACUACUCGGUGGUGACCAUCCGGUGCAAGGACAGGCCGAAGCUUCUGUUCGACACUGUGUGCACCUUGACAGACCUGCGCUAUGUUGUCUACCAUGCAAACAUUGACGCCAGCAAUAAUCAAGCGUACCAGGAAUUCUAUGUAAGACAUGUGAAUGGAUCUCCAAUGAACACUGAAGCUGAAAGAUUGAGAGUCAUCCAGUGCCUUGAAAGUGCAAUUGAGCGCAGGGUAUCUGAGGGUGUGAAACUUGAGCUGUGUUCAAAUGACAAGGUCGGCCUCCUGUCUGAGGUCACCCGCAUCUUCCGGGAGAACAGCCUGACUGUCACAAGAGCAGAGGUGAGCACCAGGGGCAGGACAGCCGUCAACACAUUCUACGUCCGCAGUUCUGCGGGGGAGAUAGUUGACCAGAAGACCAUUGAUUCCAUCAGGGAAGCCAUAGGACAUAAUAUUCAGGUGAAAGGCCACCCUGAGGCACCACCAGCACCCCAGAAGAAAGAGUCCCCGACAUGGUUCCUCUUCGCAAACUUAUUCCGGCCAAGGUCUCUCCCUAGUCUUGGAAUGUUCGUGCGGUAAUGCUCUCAUCGAACUCCGGGAACUUCUCUGUCAAUCAAGCCUUAACUGCUGAAGCGGUCCGUGAGAAUUGGAGCCUACAUUUGGCUCCAGUAGUGCAGAGUUUAGUUUACAUACAUUAUAUUGUGUUGCUCAUAGACCAUCAUCACCUGUAAAUAUGCAUUGUACAUAGAGUGUAAAUACAACUGUAGGAAGUACUACCAAUAAGGAAUCCGGAACCGUUACCGCCU